AUGAAGGUCGAGGUUGGUCCAUCCAGCAUCGUAUCAUCAGUAUCAUUGUACAAGAUCAAGCUGAUCAAGAAAAAGGGCGACUACGUUCACGCCGAAGGCACCGGCGACGUUGGCUGGCAAGAUUUGACCAUCGAGGAGCAAGAAAAAUGGAAUCACACGACAAUGGCACACCUCGCGUGCGGUAUUCUCCGGUGA